CCGAGGUUUGUCCAAGUACUUGAACACCUCACGCCCGCAGGCACACAGCUAAAGCGAGACGAAAACAUGCGCUGAUGACUUCUGACCACCGCUCGUCUCCAAAAUGCGGACCCAGGCGCAAAACGACAGCAAAUUUGCACCCAACCGCAUCGUCAACUCUUCGGAGAUAGUUGACCCAGAUCUGACCUGGCAGGCUUUGCAGGUUCUACAGAGAAAUGGUUCCACUGCAGCAGCCGCUCGUCCAUCAAGCACCGAAGAUUCCUUAAACACAAGCAACGGAAUCAUUCCUGGUGCCAUUGCGGCUGCAAUGUUCAUCGCAAUGUUACUGGGCCUCUAUGCCAUGCUCUGGAAAUGUAUGGUGUCGCCGCCACGAAGAAAACGCCGGAAGGCGAGAGCAAGAAUCACUGCGUGAUGACAGGACCGGUGGUGUACUGUAAAAUAAUUUUUUUUUAAGUUGUUUUCUUCAAAAGGUGUGGCCUGACUUGCGGGCGCACCACUCAAACGCCUCAAUUUUAACCAAUGUAGAGCUGAAAAGUGUGCUGCUCUUUGCUUUGGGAACUACUGAGGGCUGAGGCCACUCGCUCCUUUAACAACCGAUAAACUGUGUGUGUGUGUGUCAAGUGAAGUACAAAUUUAUUGUCAAAUGUGCUGUAGAGCACAGAUGAAAUUCCUUUCCUCUUAACAAGAUAACAAGUGUGUGUGUUGGGGGGGGGGGGAUUUUGUUUGAUUCUGCUGCUGCUGCUGAAUAGCUUCCGUUCUGAAACUUAAAAAUCCCAGUUUGUCUUUAUAAAUAUUAUGUCCAACCCUGAAAACAAAAGACAAAAAUGACGCGACUAGAUUCAAGUGCUACAAUUAAGAGUACAUUUGAAAAGAUGUGUUAUUUUGGUAAGAUGAUCACUUUAAAUUCGUAGUGUAGUUCUUUUUUUUCUUUUCAGUAUGGCCCUUCUACUCCAUUCCUAGACUAAUAACCAAUUGCUUUUCGUGCAUUUUAUCAUCUUUCCGCUGUGUGCAUAUUAAGAGUAAGCUGUGACAUUCUCCCGUUGGGACUGUGAACCUGAAUAAAUGUGAACAUUUUUAAUAGAGAAA